AUGGCUACCGGCGACACGGCUCCGGUGGGCCUCAAGUACGCGAUUUUUGUUUUACUGCAGGGAUUUAUAUCUGCUCAAGUGUUGACACCACCCUAUUUCAAUUUGGCUCAAGGUAGGAACAUAACUGCGUCGGCAACAUGCGGUUACGGGGUACCCCCUCCAGAACUUUACUGUCGGUUGACCGGUACCACCACGUUUGGCUCAUCUACGGAGAUCAUCCAAGGAAUGUCCUGCGACUACUGCAACCCUGAGAAUCCUAAUCAAGAUCAUAGACCCGAAUAUGCAAUUGAUGGGACUGAAAAAUGGUGGCAGAGUCCUCCGCUGUCUCGGCUUGGUGUUGAACUGAAUCAAGUUAACCUGACAAUCAGUCUAGGACAGGAGUUUCAUGUUGCAUACGUGUUCAUCAAGAUGGCCAACUCACCUCGACCAGGUGUUUGGGUUCUGGAGAGAUCUUUAGACUUUGGAAAGACCUACAAGCCAUGGCAGUACUUUGCAGACACACCCAGUGACUGUGUCAAUUACUUCAACACUCCAGCUGACGAACCAUUGGUCAGCGAUGACCAAAUUAUUUGCAGUACAGAAUUCUCAAAAAUUGUGCCUUUGAGCAAUGGGGAGAUUGUAGUUUCUCUUAUAAAUGGCCGUCCCAGUGCCAAUAAUUUCUCUUACGCUGAUGAGCUGCAGGAGUUUACACGAGCAACAGACAUUCAGCUGCGACUGCUCCGCACCAAGAACCUUCUUGGUCAUUUGAUGGCAAUUGCCAGGCAGGAUCCAACAGUCACUAGACGAUAUUACUACAGUAUCAAAGACAUCUCUAUCGGUGGCCGGUGUGUGUGCAAUGGACAUGCAGCAACUUGUGAUGUGCGCAACCCUGCAACUAACAGACUCAUCUGCGUCUGCCAGCACAAUACUUGCGGAGACAUGUGUGAAAUGUGCUGUCCUGGGUUUACUCAGAAGAAGUGGCGACGUGCUCUCAUUGACCAGCCAUUUAUGUGCGAACCUUGCGAAUGCUAUGGACACUCAGAUAAAUGUGUAUUUGACGAAGAUAUUGCACAGAAUAGACAAAGUAUUGACAUCCAUGGCAGAUAUGAAGGCGGAGGUGUUUGCCAAAACUGCAGGGAUAAUACCAUGGGAAUUAACUGUGAGCAGUGCGUGUCUGGAUACUACAGACCUUAUGAUGUGCCUAAAAAUGCUACAGAUGCUUGCAGACCUUGUGAGUGUGACCUCAGGGUGUCCACUGGUGAGUGUGAGCAGCUGACUGGGCGCUGUUUCUGUCGACCAGAGUACGCAGGUGUCAACUGUGACAGGUGCAACUUUGGUUACUACGGGUACCCAGUCUGUAUUCCCUGUGAGUGUAACAUCAAUGGAACGGAAGGUGCUGUGUGCACUGUUGGCUCUGGAGUCUGUCCUUGCAAGUACAACUAUGCUGGGCACAAGUGUGAUCAGUGUGCCCCUGGCUACUACAACUUCCCAGAGUGCAAACCUUGUGAAUGCAACCCUGUUGGAUCGCCCAGUUCAGUGUGUGACCUUGAGACAGGACAGUGUCAGUGUCAGGGCAACUUUGGUGGUCAGGUUUGUGGGCAGUGUGCUGAUGGUUACUAUGGUUUUCCUCGGUGUCAGUACUGCAACUGUGACCAUGCUGGGACAGAGAAAGAGGUGUGUGACAAGGGCACUGGCACCUGCUUGUGUAAACCAAACUACACCACCAACAGAUGUGACAGAUGCACACCUGGCUUCUUCAACUUUCCUGUCUGUCAAGAAUGUGAGUGUGCUGAUCCAGGCUCACUGAGUACUGUAUGUGCUGAGAAUGGACAGUGCCAGUGUAGGACUAACUACGGAGGUCGCAACUGUGAGAGAUGUGCCCCCGGCUACUACAAAUACCCAGAUUGUGCACCCUGCAACUGUGACUUGUAUGGCUCCUUGGGCCAGUCCUGUGAUCAGGUGACUGGCCAGUGUCGUUGUCGCAUCAACUUUAUUGGUGUCAUGUGUGAGAAAUGUGGGGAGAACUUCUACAACUAUCCCAUGUGUGAAGUGUGCAACUGUAAUCCUGAUGGUGCUGAGGAGGUUCCCGGAUAUCCACUUGGAGGAUGUGGUACUGUCACUAGUGGCAGGCUCUGUGAAUGUAAGGAAAGAGUCAUGGGCAAGAUCUGUGAUAUCUGCAAACCUGGCUUCUGGAACCUGAACAGAAACAACCCCCUGGGAUGUGAAGAAUGUGAAUGUUUCAAGGCAGGAACGCUGGGUGGUGUAAACAGAUGUGAUAUGCAAACUGGCCAUGUGUUUGUAAACCUAAUGUCGGUGGACAAGACUGUAAUCGUUGCCUGGAUGGCUUCUACAAUCUUCAAGAGAGCAACUCUUAUGGAUGUGACUGUAAGUUAUUGUAACUGUGAUCGAGGUGGCUCUCUGAGAAUGACCUGUGACAAGGUCACUGGUCAGUGUGUUUGCAAGCAGAGAAUCACAGGAUUACGAUGUGACACACCAAUAUCCGGACACUUUGUCCCAACACUGCACCAGUACAAAUUUGAAGUUGAAGAUGGUGUGACGCCGGAGGGUGCUAGGAUUCGCUAUGGUUAUGAUGAGCGCAUCUUCCCACAGUUCUCAUGGAGAGGUUAUGCCAUUCUCACCAAAAUUCAACCUGAAGUAAUCCUUGAUGUGGACAUCCGCCUGCCAAGUCUGUACCAGGUUAUUUACCGGUACGUCAACAGGGAAGACAACCCAGUGAAAGGAUCUGUAACUCUUACUCCAGAAACACCAACAGACAUUGUGCAGAAUGGACAACUGGUAUUUACUCCUUCAAGGGACCCAAAGUUUACCUCGGUGACUAGUGACAGCGGUAAUUACUUUGUUUUGAACCCCGGCAAGUGGACCAUUCACACUGUCGUUCCUGACAACGUCUUUUUGGAUUUCUUUGCACUGAUUCCACAAGGCUACUAUGAACCCAGUAACCUACAGGUGAAAGUGCCCAAUCCUUGUCUGGCUACUGGAGAUCCAGGCCCCUGUGUACAGAUUACCUACCCUGACUUGGAGGGCUACCCAAUUGGUCACGGGAAAGAUGGCUAUGUUAUUGUAGAUGGCAUCAGACAGAAGGCAGAUCUACAUCCUGAUAUUGAACUGACAAAUAACCUUGGCUCCUCAGGUCUUGCCCAUAUCACCAAACGCCAGAAAGCAUUCCAGAUUGAUUUGUUGGUUCCAAGACCUGGUGAAUAUCUAAUCACCUUUAGCUAUCACAACCCGGGCAAGACGUCCCAGAAUCUGGAUGUACAAGUGGUGACCACAACAGGCAGGAGCAGCAAUGUGAUCACACUGGAUAGCUGCCCUUACAGUGGCACUUGUCGACAAGUUUUGAAAAGUAUAAAUGGUACAGAAGCUGUUUUCAACAUUACAUCUGGAUACGCAACUCUUUACAUCAGUGGUGAAGGUUACGGAGAGGAUAUCGAUGUGGGCAUUGACUCUGUGUAUGGCAUUCCGCGUGGUCAAUGGCAUCCUGAUUAUAUCCUGCCUAGAAUCAUUUGUAUCAAAGUCAAUGGAAAAUGUGUUCCGACUUCUUACGGAAGGCCAGUAGGGACUGUGCGCAUUGACUUUGAGCACAGUCCAAACGAAAACUUUUUAGCCAAAGAACUGCCACCUAACAUUCUUGACCCAGCUGUAGGACUGGUCAACUUGAAUGAUACACUUAAACUUGUGGAAAAGACAUUUUGUCCAGCUCAGGAAGAGGCUGUGAUAGAUGAAUGUGAGACCCACGAGGUUUUACAAGCUGUGCCUUUAGAGCUGUUUGGUAGAGUGACUAAACCAGGCCAGUAUGUGUUUAUCGUCCACUACUACAUGCCUGGAGAACCUGGACUCUCCAUUCCUGUCUCUGUCCAUGUGGAUGGAAAGGUCUCAUCAGGAGUGUUCAAUCCUCACUUUUGCCCAUCUCAAGUUGGCUGUAGAGGCACCAUCACAUUUGACCAGUCAGGUGGGGGCACCUUGAGGUUAACAGGUCCUGAAGUUAGAGCAGUUUUCAAUGGCACACAAGGAGGACAGAUUUGGCUGGAUUACCUUCUCAUUGUGCCUGCGGAUCAGUUUUCUAAGGAUUAUUUGGAUUUCUCACCCAUUGACAAGUCUGAAGACUUCCUCAGCUUGUGUGUGGAUGAAGGCUUCCAAUUAAGAACUGACAUAGAAUUUUGCCGUCAAGGGGUCUUCACGCUAACAACCACCUUCAACAAUGGAGCUCUGGACUGUAACUGUAAUGCAGAUGGCUCUCUCAGCUUCACCUGUGACCAGUUUGGGGGUCAGUGCCAGUGUCGAGACAACAUCAUUGGUCGCCAGUGCUCAGCAUGCAGGCCAGGUUUCUAUGGAUUCCCCAAUUGCAGACCUUGCAAUUGUCCGUUUGGUCUGUGCCAUGAAGUUACAGGUGAGUGUAUCUGUCCACCCCGGGUUGAAGGUGAUCGAUGUGAGAGGUGUGAACCAGAGGCUUAUGGCUAUGAUGCCCUCAUUGGAUGCCAGCGUUGUACCUGUAAUUAUGAUGGAGUCUUAUUUGGUGACCUAAACUGUGACCAGAUCACCGGACAGUGCAAGUGCAAGCCUGGUGUUGGUGGGCGGCGUUGUGAUACUUGUUUGGCAGGCCACCAUUCAUUCCCUUACUGUGAAGAGUGUGGCUGUGAUACCCGUGGAACUGAGGAACAAAUUUGUGAUAAAGUUACUGCACGAUGCUUGUGCAAGGUUUAUAAUGUUGAAGGUCCAAGGUGUAGCUCUUGUGUUGACGGCACAUUUAGCCUCAGUGCGGAGAAUCCUAAAGGCUGUAUCCAAUGUUUCUGCUUUGGUCAUACAACCAGAUGUGACACUGCUGAGCUCAGCUGGGAUGUGCUCACUGACAUGACAGGCUGGACAGUAACUGGCUCAGGAGAUUAUACUGUACAGGAAGCUCGGAAUACUAUCCGACUAAGUACUGCAGAGAAUGUUCUAGAAGGUGCCAACUUGUAUUGGGUAGCUCCAGCUCCAUAUCUUGGAAGAAAGAUCAACUCAUAUGGUGGCAAACUCAAAUAUACUGCGUUGUUCACACUACCUCGAGGUCGUGAAACUGAAGGUGUUAUUCUGCCUGAUAUCAUUCUCAAAGGUAACAAUAUGACCAUAGUUCACUACCAGGACACGCAGCCACAGCCCAGCACAUCUUUGAAUGCUGAAGUGCCCCUAUUUGAGUACAACUUCAGACACCAGCAGACAAACACCCCACCAUCCAGGGAACAGUUUAUGAUGAUUUUAAGCAACAUUGAAAGCAUCCAUAUCAGAGCAUCUUAUUACACAGUGAUGGGUGAAGUCAG